ACGACGCCGUAUAGGUGUUACUUAAUAUGAAAAACAGUUUUCUCCACCAACACAAACACUUCGUCUCUUCUUCUUCCACCCUCUGAGUUCUUCUUCAUCUCCCCAACAAUGGCGUAGCCGUAGGGUUGUAUGUGCUGGGUUAACAAAAAUUUGAGAGAAGAAGUCAUCUGAUCAGAAGUUGUUGUUGCUCUUCCCUUCCCUUCCUUCACCACAAAGACGAGGUUCUGACGUUGUGAUCGGACUCAAGAUGGAGGAGAAGUUGGACAUCAUGUUUCAUCAUGGGGGUGACUUCAAAAAAAAUGCAGAAGAAAUUAUGAUAUAUUCUCCGGACAAUAAGGCCUGUUUAGGUGAUCUAGACACUGAUACUCUGGAUGUGUUCUACAUACGGAACUACCAUAAGGAGCUUGGGUACAAUGACAUUAAACAGUGCUGGUGGCAUGUUCCUGGAAAAUGUUUGGAGAAGGGGUUGAGAAAUGUAAACAGUGACAAAGAGAUAAGAGAGAUGGUGAAUUGUGCUAGGACAAAUGAGGGAUUGAUUGAUAUAUAUUUCGAGCAUACAGUGUCAGUGCCGGAGGUGUUAGAGGGAGAUAACACAGUUGUGUACUUGGAUGAUCAUGGUGGAGAAGGAUGUAAUGCAGGUACAGAUACUGAUGUGAGUCCUCCAGUUACAGAGACUCAUGCAAUCAUAGUUGCUCCUCCUAUCCCUAAGGUUGUACCCAACACUUCUUGCAAAUCUAGUCCCAAAAAAAACAGAACAUCUCCACGGCAAUCACAACCAUUACACUCCAAAACUGCCAAUCCUUCCAAGACAACCAAACCUGUGAAGAAGACCAACUCCCCAAAAGUCACCAAGCCCACCAAGCCCACCAAGCUCACGAAGCCCACCAAGCUCACCAAGCCCACCAAAAUCAGCCAGCCUACGAAAUCCAGUCAGAACACCAAAUCAGAUAGGAGCAAGAAGUAG